AUGAAGCUUGCAGCGACAGUCUACUGGCUCAUUGACGCUUUGGAUGAAUCCGACAAUCCCCAGCAAUUUUCAGACUUGCUGCAGGGCAUAUCCGAUUCAACUAUGCGCAUCAAAGUGCUUCUCGUGAGUCGGUAUACUUCAGAGAUCAUCACAGUUUUUGACCGCCUGUCCUCUCUACUAUCAGUCUCAUGCCUGUCUCUUGAGGGUGUCACGAACGAUAUCAUGUUGUAUGUUGAGCGGGAGGUGCAGUACAUGCGCACCACCACUAAGUUUAAAAUUCAGCUGGUGGAUAAAAUGGUGAAAAGUGCCAAUGGCAACUUUCUAUGGGCCAGCCUUGCUAUGAGGGAAGUAAUGGAAUGCAAUACAGAACAAGAUAUUGAUGACACAAUGAACGGUAUUCCUCGUGGCAUGGAAGGCAUAUACCAACGCAUGGAGCAUACGGCCAUUUCUCAUAUGAAACCACGCGAUCGGGAGUUGGGGCGGAAUAUUUUGACCUGGGCAGUAUGUUCCCGGAGACCGCUGGUAAUUAGCGAGUUGUUACAGGCAUUGGAGUCCAAAUUCUCAGUGAUGCUUGAUAUAAAUCUCAUCAUCAGUCGCGUUUGUGGUCAGUUAGUCAUUGUUGACUCUGCUACAAGUCGAGUGGUGAUGGUACACCAGACUGCAAGAGAUUACAUCACCACAGCAAGCUCAGAGCUCAGGGUUCACGUAUCGGAAGGACAUAAAAUGCUUUUUUUCAAGUGUCUUGCUGUGUUAGAAGAAAAACACGUCGUCUUACGAAACUUAGCUCUUCAACAUGGGAGUGUGAACCCUGUUUCGAAAGGACAGCUUUUGAAUUAUGCAGACUUCGUGGGCAUAUCACUUGAGUCAAAUUUCGCCUGA